GAUUUUUCGAUUUUAAAAAUGCCGUGACAAAUUUCUGAUAACGCUGUAUUUUUAUCUGUUAAUAUAUUUAUAUAAACGGUGCUCCAAAAAACUUUUUUAUAUUUCCCUAAUCACAAUGAACAUUUAUUUUCUAGCCUUUAUUGCAUUUUUGAUUUCACAAUCAGAAGUAUCUUGUGAAGUUCCACAGUGUGAAAAAGGAUUCAUUAUUUUUGACAAACCACACAAUUUGUUAAAUGGAACAUAUUUCCCGGAUGGAUUCAAAUCUUCUAGCCCGCAACUGUUUCCAGACAAUUAUAGCUGCGACUUCAAAAUCAACGUGCCGCAGAACUAUUUUGCAACUAUCCAAUUAACUGUAAAUAUCACAAGUUCAAAUAAUAAAUCAGCCCCAGUCCAAGCGGUGGAUCAAAUGCAAAACGUUGAACAAGUUUUUUCUACGAAAUCCGAGUCGUUUUAUUUUGUUUCCAAUGGAGGAAACAUAAAACUAUCCACUGGUAAUCGAAAAGUUCAAUUUGGAUUCUCAAUUUUCUGGGACACAUAUCAAUUCAUACAAACAAAAUAUCUGAAUUUCUCCCGAUCGGCAACUUUACCUCCACUUUACUCAAACAUGCCUGACCAACAAGUCGUGAUCACUGCUGAUACCAGAAUAUCCGCCACAAUUGUGCCACCAGGUGUCAAGGACAGCUUUCAAUACUUGCGUGGAGUACUGUUCUUCGAUGGAACUACCAGAAACUCGACGUAUCUUGGAACAGGACUUCAGUUAUUGACGGGAAAAUCACAAUAUGUUAGCACUUCGAAUCAAAUGCUAAUUUCGUAUAUUGGUGAUUCCUGGGCUGUAAACAAUAGUCCCAUUGUGCUUCAGGACUAUGAAAAUACAAAAUCUAUUUGCAAAUUCGAGUGGAUUUUGUGUCCAGAUGACCAAGACUGUGACGGCAUUGUUUCAUUGGAUGGAACAAAAGGUUCAGUCGCCCUACAACUAUAUCACAACAAAUUCGAAACAAGCUUCGUUUUAAAUAAGACACUUGGCUUUGGUAAAUUAGAGGUUUUUGAUGGCGGGGUCACUAAAACAAAUUUGAUCACAACUUAUGAUGUAAACAGAAGCGAGCUUAACCUACCUCAAGAAUUUUUUGGCCGGUUAACAACACUUGUUUUCACAGGUGAGACCGCGUCUCUCACCUUCACACGAAGAGAUGAUGCAUUCGAUGAGACAACUUCCUUCGGAAGAAAAGGAUUCAUUUCAUCCGACUCAUAUGGAAACUCAUUCCAAGAAGCUUUCCAUAUCAACGCACCCGUAAAAAAUCCGGACACUAUAUUUAAAGUUAACAUUGCUACAGCGGAUUUAAGUGGGUCAACCACACUAAUAGUAUAUUGCUAUAGAUAUAUCGAGUUAACAAGAGAACUGAGCUUUAAUUCUACAAAUCUUCCACCUCUCAACACUACUAUAACCUUUCACGGAAACUUUUUGCACAUUGAAUAUUACCCAAACGGUACCGAUUCAAGCAAACUAUUUCUCAAUUUUGAUAUCGAAAAGUCUGUGACACGUUCUUCUGAAUUCUUUUUCGCCUGCGUAAUUGUCUUUCUGUUUUUGUUUUGAGAAUUUAUUUAUUUUUUCUGUCUUGUAACUUUUAUUUGUUUCAAUAAAUGUUUAAAUUCU